UCAAGAAUUCAUUUCAUAUUCCGUUUGUGAAGAGGAGAAACUUUUCUUUUAUUGUGAAAUUAUUGGAGCUUUUGUUUCCUUUUGAUAAAUAAUUUCACAAAUUUGAGUUUCUGAAACAGCAGUUAUUCACACAAACCCCGUAAACAUGGACGAGGGCUCUCAACGAUUGAUUGACGACUGUUUUUUGCGACCCAUACAACAAGAUGUGCGAGCAACAAAUAGACCUACGGAACCUCCACCUUCAAAGGUUACCCUUAAAACUGAAAUGCAGGUUUUGCGUCUAAGCGAUGACUCCCAAAAAAUGUGCAUGGAAACGUUGAGAUCUAUACAUGGUGAUGAUUUUCGUCUAGACGAUCCUUCCAAGUACAAAGAUCGUGGAGGGAAGAUGAAAAAAUCAUAUUGGGAAGAUCGUGGAACGCUCGUGGUGCAGUCGGUCACCAAUUUUUCUGCCAACACCAAUGGUGCCUUGGGCAAAGAUGUCGAAAAGAGUCCAGAGAGUCCUGAACAGAGAUUGCGUCGCUAUGCAUUGCUGAAAUUGGAAAAUUAUGGAUUUCCUUUGAAUCACUGCAUAGAGGCCUAUGAUCAUUGCGAGGGUGAUAUAGAUCAGACUUUAUAUCUGCUGUUUCGUAAAUAUUUAAAAAUUCCUGAACCUGGUGCAGAGGGAGAAAACGUAGCGGACUUCAAUGCAGCUGCUGCUGAUUUUACCGAAAACGAACUGCUGGAUAUGAGACGUGAUGAGAAGGAGGCAUUAGAGUCCAUCUAUGACAAAGGCUUCGAAGAGAAAGAAAAGAAUCUGGUAUGGAGUUUAAAAUUCAAAAUUGAACAUUUGCUGCAACAUAGUCCCUCGGAGGUUAGAAAAGCUCGUGAUGCUGCUGCCAAAGCCUUGCAAGAAGCCAAGGACAAAAGAAAUAUAAAAAAGCCCAAAGGGCCGCCCCGAUGUAGAAACUUUGAUGAAAAAGGAACAUGUAAAUAUGGACCCAAAUGCAGAUUUGCCCAUAUUAGACCCGAACCGGAAGUUAUUGACAAAUCUGUGGGCAAGGAAAAAAUCGAUGAAUCCGAUGAGAAGUGGUUUUAUUUAGAACUAAGAUUUCCACCCAAAACCAAAUAUCCUUAUGAGGCUCCCUACGUUUACCUUAAGACAACUUGUCACGACAUACCCAACGAGAUAAGGCUGAAAAUCGCUAGAAAAUUAUACCGGGAGGCCCAAGAGUCAUGCCGCGAUGGCAUACCUUGCGUCUAUAGCAUAUCAGAAAUGCUACAAAUGGAGAGUUUUGCGGAAAAUAUCGAUCUAGAUAAUGAACCUUUCCCCAAAGCCGAUAAGUCGCUGUUCCACAUUGAAGAUGACGCGGAGAAGGCCGAGGACGCCCAGGUCUUUGAAAAUCUACCUACUCACUAUGAAAAGGGCUUAACCUCCCAUGGAGAUGGCUUUAGAAAAGACCCCCAGGCAUUGGAAAAGGACGAUAGACAGUUGCUCAAACGUUUCAUGGAACGCAGAAAUGACGAAAAAUACAAGAAAAUGUUAAAGUCACGCCAAAAUCUACCAGCCUUCAGUAAAAUGAUGGACAUAUUAAACUUGCUGGAAACCUCUCAGAUAUUGGUGAUUUCGGGAGAAACUGGUUGUGGUAAAUCUACCCAAGUGCCUCAAUUUAUUUUAGACAAUUGGUUCUUCAAAGCCUCCCAGCUGGAUAACUCACAAAAAAUGCCCCAUGUCGAGGUUAUAUGCACACAACCCAGAAGACUGUCGGCCAUUGGAGUGGCCGAGAGAGUGGCAGAUGAAAGGGCCGAAAGAGUGGGUCAAACUGUGGGCUAUCAAAUACGCUUGGAAAAUAAAAUAUCACCUUCCACACGUCUAACAUUCUGCACCACUGGUAUACUAUUAAGACGUUUGGCCUCAGAGCCUCUGCUGGACUCGGUGACCCACAUUAUUGUGGAUGAGGUCCAUGAACGUAGCGAAGAAUCUGAUUUUUUGCUUAUGAUACUCAAACGAAUAUUGCCAGUGCGCCGAGAUCUUAAAGUCAUUUUAAUGUCGGCCACCUUGAAUGCCAAAUUGUUUUCCGACUACUUUGGCGGGGUGCCAGUUUUAGAUAUUCCCGGCAGGACAUUUCCGGUGGAACAACUAUUUCUGGAAGAUAUCAUUGAACGUUGUGAUUUUGUAAUGGAAUGUGAUUCUCAAUAUAGCCGUAAGGUUAGUAAAAAGGAAGAAGAGGAACUAAUGAGGGAGUUGGAGUAUGCCGAUAUAAAAGCAGAGAAUACAGCGCCUCCCUCAAAGAUAAAAGAUGAGAAAUUGAAUUUGUCUGCCAUGUAUUCACGAUAUGCAGACUAUUCAAAGAAGACUUGUAAAUCCAUCUACCUCAUGGAACCCAUGAAAAUCAACCCUGAACUGAUAGAAUCUGUUUUAAAAUACAUAGUUGAAGGUGAACAUGAGUGGCCACGUGAGGGCACAAUUUUAAUCUUUCUACCAGGUCUACAGGAAAUUCAAUCCAUACACGAUGCCCUUAGUGAUAGCAAUAUAUUUGGGCCAAGAUCUGGCAAAUUCAUUUUAGUUCCUUUACAUUCAACUCUAUCCAGCGAAGAGCAAAGCGCUGUAUUUCGUCCUGCGCCCAAGGGCAAGAGAAAAAUUGUCCUAAGCACAAAUAUUGCCGAAACUUCGGUGACCAUAGACGAUUGUGUGUUUGUGGUCGAUUAUGGUCUGAUGAAGGAAAAACGCUUCGACUCUAAUCGCAACAUGGAAUCUCUGGAACUUGUCUAUGUCUCGCGGGCAAAUGCUAAUCAACGUAAAGGUCGCGCUGGUCGUGUUAUGCCUGGUGUUUGUAUACAUUUGUAUACACAACAUCGUUAUAAAUACAGUUUCUUGGCCCAACCUGUGCCCGAAAUCCAUAGAGUGCCAUUAGAGCAGCUGGUGUUGCGUAUUAAAACUUUACCAAAUUUCAAGGGUCUAAAUGUUGUGGAAGUUUUGGGACAGACCUUAGAACCGCCUACCGAAGAAAAUAUAGUUUCCGCUGUUAAUCGUCUGCAGGAUGUAGGUGCCUUAGAUGAGGAACAACAUUUGACACCUUUGGGCCACCAUUUGUCCGCAUUGCCUGUCGAUGUAAGGAUAGGAAAACUUAUGUUGUUUGGAGCCAUUUUCCAAUGCCUGGAUAGUGUGUUAACCAUUGCCGCCUGUCUCUCACACAAAUCACCAUUUGUUAGCCCCUUUAACAAACGAGCAGAAGCUGAGAGACGCAAAAGAGAAUAUGCUCUAUGCAAUAGCGAUCAUUUGACCUGUUUGCUGGCUUAUAAGAAAUGGUUGGAUGUUUCUAAACGCAACUUUUUUGCCAGCCGCAAUUAUGCAGAUGAACAUUAUCUAUCGCUAAAAACUUUGCAAACCAUAUCUGAGGUGAAAUAUCAGUUUUUGGAAUUACUGGUCUCCAUAGGUUUUGUGCCAGUCAAUGUGCCCAGAAAGCGAAAAAAUGCCCAUGACAAUAUAUUGGAGUUAACAGGUUGCGAUUUAAACAUUAACGGAGAUAACAAUCGUCUUUUGAUUUCCCUUCUAUGUGCUUCUCUCUAUCCGAAUAUUGUAAAGAUACUAACACCCGAACGCAGUUAUAUACAAACAGCGGGUGGUGCUAUGCCCAAGUUAGCCACUGCCAGAGAUUUACGUUUCAAAACCAAAGAAGACGGCUAUGUGGCCAUACAUCCCUCUUCCAUAAAUGCAGAUGUCGCAACAUUCCAAUCGCCCUUUUUGGUGUACCAGGAAAAGGUGAAAACUUCCAGAAUUUUCAUACGAGAAUGUAGUAUGCUGCCUUUAGUUACCCUUGUUCUGUUUGCUGGUUCCGAUUUAAAAGUAGAAUUACAUGAUGGUGAUUUUCUAUUCCUACUCGAGGAUGGCUGGAUAAUAAUAAAGGCUCAUAAUCACGAGACCGCCGAAAUGAUACAGUGUUUGCGUACGGAACUUUUGAAAUUAUUGGAAGAGAAAAUUCGUGAUCCCUGUUUGAAUUUGUUAAAUCAUGAAAAUGGUCGGAAAAUAAUCCAAAGUAUAGUCUAUCUAAUUGGCCACAACAAUUAAGGAUAAUUGCUAAAAGAAAUUAUUCCCUAUAGAGGAGAUGUUGUGUUUUUGAGGACUACUAGUAUUAAUGUAGCUAAUUUUGUGUAUGUGUAAAUAUACUGUGCGAUCAUUAUUUUUAUACUAAUAAAUAGAUUAAUAUUUAAUUUAAUGUCGUCUAUAAGACUA